GUUUCAUGUAUUUCGUAGGCUAUCUUACUAUUUGCUCCUCUUGUCCCGCGAAGUUUCUUCUGAUAGACGCAAAAGGCACAGUAUUUUUAUGAAAACUAUGUAUAUUCAAUAAUUAAUUUUCAAAUAUAAAACAACAAAAACUAGUAUUUAUAUGAAUAUGUAACAGUGAAAAUAACGCAGAAAAAGUUUUUUAAACCUAAAGUGUGAUUUAGAUAUAUCGAUAUAAAUAUUUUUCAUUACAAUAUAUAUUUAUAAACCGCAUAUUUUUGUUUAUUAUAAGAAUGCUUCGUAAUUGUAUUGUAUCAAAAAUGUCAUUUUUUAACUUUUUAUUUAUGAAUCGUCUAUGUUAUCAAAAACUUAUGACAAAACAUUCUUUAAUGUGUAUAACUUAUACACAUAAUUUAGCUGGUAAACAACAAAGAAUAAAAGAAAAUGUGCAACCAGUUAAUAAAUUUGUUUCAAGAUCUCAUACAUGUGGUGAAUUAAGACUACAAAAUGUAGGAGAGAAUGUUCAAUUAUGUGGGUGGUUAGAAUUUUUAAGAAUUGACAAAUUUUUGAUAUUGAGAGAUUCUUAUGGUUCUACUCAAUUCAUUAUACCUGAACAUAGAAAGGACUUACAAGAAAUGGCUAGGAAUUUGACCUUUGAAAGUAUAUUGAGCAUAGAAGGUAGAGUAUUAAAAAGACCAGAGGGUCAAGAGAAUAAGUAUAUGGGAACUGGAGAUAUUGAAGUAGAAGUAAAAUCCUUAAAAGUUUUAAACAUAGCAAAUUCAAAUAUUCCAUUUAUUAUUAGAGACUAUAAUAAGGCAAAUGAAAAUGUACAAAUGAAGUAUAGAUACAUAUCAUUAAGAUAUCCUGAAUUACAAAAGAAUUUAAGAUUACGUUCAGAAGUGAUAAUGAAGAUGAGAGAAUACCUAAUUAAAGAAUGCGAUUUUGUGGAUAUUGAAACUCCAACAUUAUUUAAAAAUACUCCUGAAGGAGCACAUGAAUUUAUAGUUCCAACAAAACUCUUGGGCCAAUUUUAUUCAUUAGUACAGAGUCCCCAACAAUUUAAACAAUUAUUAAUGGUUGGUGGCUUUGAUAGAUAUUUUCAAGUUGCGAGAUGUUACAGGGAUGAAAAACCUAGACAUGAUAGACAACCUGAAUUUACACAGCUGGAUAUUGAAAUGUCAUUCGUUGAUUGUGAAGGAAUAAUGAUGUUAAUUGAAAACUUAUUAGCAUAUUCUUGGCCUCAAGAAUCAGGAGAAUUAACUAUUCCUUUUAAACACAUGAAAUAUGAGGAUGCAAUGGAAUUAUAUGGUACAGACAAACCAGAUUUACGAAUACCACAACAACUUUGUAGACUGACAGAAUUAAUUGAUCAUUCGGUAUUAGAACAGAGUUUAAAAAUGGAACAAAAUGAACACCGUGAAGUUUAUGCUCUAGUUUUUUCCCAAAAACAUGGUUUUCUUACAAAAUCUAUCAAAGAUACUAUAUCUGAGCUACAAUGUACUUAUUUCCCUUCUGUGAAAUUAAUACAAACAAAGAUACCUAACAAAUCGCCAGUAAUAACAAAUAUUAUUGAUGGAAAUGUACAACAAAAGUUAAAUUUAAAAGAAGGAGAUGUACUGUUUUUAGCUUGUGGAGAAAAAGUACACACGCAAUCACUAUUAGGAAAAGUACGUCUUGAAUUUACAAAGUCCUUAGAAAGUAAAGGUCAAGAAAUUUGUACUAAUAGGAAUGAAUUUUUAUGGAUCACUGAUUUCCCUUUAUUUUCGUUUAAUACUGAAACAAAUUCACUAGAAACUAUGCAUCAUCCAUUCACGCAACCUCAUCCAGAUGAUAUGCAAUAUCUUAUGAACAAUCCACUGAAGGUUAGAGGAUUGCAUUAUGAUUUGGUUAUGAAUGGUUUCGAGAUCGCAGGAGGAUCGAUACGAAUCCAUGACUCAAAAUUACAAAAACAACUAUUUAAGAUGCUAAAUAUAGAUGAAACACACUUAAUGCAUAUACUUGAUGCUUUAGAAUCUGGUGCUCCACCUCAUGGUGGAAUUGCUAUAGGAUUGGACCGUUUAAUAUGUUUGCUCUGUAACACAAAAAAUAUAAAAAAUGUGAUAGCAUUUCCAAAAACUACUACAGGUCGAGAUUUAAUGUCAGGAGCUCCGGUUCCCAUUUCUGAGAAAAUAAAAAAAUUGUAUAACAUACAGACGCAGAAAUGAAAAGGAAGAUCGCUAAUGUAAUAUUAACAAAGUCAAUCAAACAAUGUGAACUAAGGAUAAGGGCCUUUAGCGGUCAGUGUUCGAAUUAUAUGCACAUUUCUUUUCCGAUGCUCUGGGUGGAAGAAAUGCGCAUAUGUGCGACGAGAAGGGAAAUUCGUAUUAACGAUCAGCGAAGGGUAAGGGUAAAAAAAUAUAAAAAUUACUUGAAAACUUAAUAAAAUAUUAGUAAUAAAUUCCUUUCCUUUGUACUGUGAAAAUAACAAUAAGAAUACUACAAGCAGACAGCAGCAACUGGCAAUAACGAUUAUUAGAAAUGAUUAGACAGUACAAUAAAAAAAUGAGAUUAUUUGUUGCAAGAUAAUUAUAUGAAUGUAUUUAGAAAUAGUUUCAAUAAAUCAGACCGUAGUUUAACAAUA